GAGAUGUUACUAGUAGGAAUGGCGGUCGCGUGAUUUUGGGGCUGAGGUUGACUCCAUAAACUCUCCUUCUUCCCCGCGAAAAACAACCCAUUCUUCCACCUUCUCCUCCAGGACUUAAUUCUAUCUCUCUGGAUUGGCGUCUCUCCGCGCCCCCCUUUCCAGUCAUGCUGGAUUUUUACACCCGGCUGGCGGUGCUCGGCCUCCUGGCCGUGUUCGGGUACGCCUUUACCCGUCGCGAGAAAGCCGACCCGCGCGAACCACCACUGGUGCGCAGCAGUAUUCCCGUAGUCGGCCAUCUGCUGGGUUUCUUGUGGUAUGGCUUAUCAUACUUUACCAUGAUGACCGAGAAACAUGCCUAUCCGAUCUUCGGCCUGAAUAUGAUCUUCACCAAGAGCUACCUGGUCACCUCGCCGAGCAUUCUGCAGUCCAUCCAACGCAACAAAAAGUCCCUGAGCUUUGACCCGUUCCUCAGCAUGGCGGCCGAGCGCAUGGUCGGCAUUCGGGGACCGACGCUAGAACUCAUGCGCGAAAAGCAAUCGGGCGGCCAGGGAUUGAAGCAGGCCGUGAUCCAUGCCAUGCAACCCACCCUGAUCGGCGCGUCCCUGGAUCGCAUGAACGAGCGUAUGGCGCGUCUGCUGCGACCCCUGGUGGAUGAUCUGGCCAGCACCUCCACGGUUGACCUCUAUGGCUGGUGUCGCCAUGCCAUCACGGUCGCCAGCACGAAUGCCUCGUAUGGACCAUUGAACCCCUACCAGGAUGCAAAGAUCGAAGAAUCCUUUUGGUCCUUUGAGUCGCAUCUCAGCCCAUUAAUGGCGAACUUCCUCCCCUGGCUGACUGCGCGCACCGCGUGGCGGGGUCGUGAGGCGGUCGUGGCUGGGAUGGUGCGGUACUACGAGCAAGGGGGCCACGAGGAUGGAUCGGAGAUGACCCAGGUGCGAUGGAAGACGAUGAGAGAGGCCGGGGUGGCCACCGAGGAGAUUGCGCGGGAGGAGGUGGGUAUGGGCAUCGGGUUGCUCUCCAAUACGGUUCCCGCCGCCUUCUGGGUGCUGUAUGAGCUGUACUCCCGGCCCGAUCUGCUGGAGGAAAUCCGCGAGGAGAUCCGCAGGAAUGCGCUCCGCGUGGACGCGGACCAGCGGCACAUCAUCGAUAUCUCGGCCAUACGCGACAACUGCCCGCUCGUAGUCUCGAGCUUCCAGGAGAUCCUGCGCGUGCAGUCUGCAUCCGCCCCGACGCGAUUUGUCAUGGAAGACGUGAUGCUGGCGGAUCAAUAUUUCCUCAAGGCCGGCAGCAUGAUCAACAUGCCGGCCGCGACGUUGGGGCGGAUGCCCGAGGCAUGGGGAGAGACGGCGCGGGAGUUCGAUGCGCGGCGGUACAUGCGGUCGGAUGAUAAGAAUCCGCGGCGCACGGGAGGCUUCAUGACAUUUGGCGUGUCCCCCGUCAUCUGUCCCGGGCGACACUUUGCCAGCUCGGAGAUUCUCGGAUUAGUCGCUCUGUUGGUGCUCCGAUAUGAUAUAGCGCCGGUGGAUGGGCAGUGGCGCACGCCGCGGUUGAACUCGAUGGCGGUUGCGUCGAAUAUGCGACCGCUCAAGGAUGAGUUCCCCGUGACGGUGCGUCCGCGCAGCGAAUAUGCGGGUGUGCAAUGGGACUGUACGGUGCAACCCGGCAGUGGACUGUUUAAUUUGAUGGUGGGAUAGGCGUAGCUUGUAUUAUACAGAAUGGAAGAGUAGAGAGUGGGUGCUGCAACGUGAAUGGCUCCUAUAAAGGUCUACCAGGGACCACGUGGCUGGCCAGUGCCAUCGGGCCCAUGGCUUGUCUCCAUGAGAAAAAAAUUUCCGGUCACUGCAGUCCAGAGUGAAAGGAACUGGAAGUUGACUGUGCACGUGGCCUGUAUCCCCGAGUCAUGCCCCGAAUGGUGGGCAUCGACCCAUUUCAUUGACUCUGAUCGAGGGAGUUCGUUCCAAAGAUUCGUGGCUACUACGUGAGCCACCUUUGGCAUCGGGACGAAGCAUUCGCAUUUUGAUCAAACCAGACGAAGCAAAUAGCACAAUGAAGCAGAUUCUGCGCCGAGUGCUGCAGGAUGCGCCAGAAAGAGCGGCACGUGGGCCCAAGCGCCGUGCUGAUUAGAAGCCCCCGUCCAGCCCACGUGCCUGGCAGACUGGCAGUGGUUGUCCAAACCCCUGAUCCUUUGACAAAGAGAAUCAGUACGAACUAAACCAACAAAAUAAAAGCGUUGUACACCCACCACCCUGCUGUAGGGCCUAGCAUGGG